AUGAUGUCCCGUAUGUUUGUGCGUUCGAUGGCAUCGGCCACUAAGGCCAUCAAGCCUCCAGUGCAAUUGUUUGGCGUCGAUGGUACUUAUGCUACUGCCUUAUACCGUGCUUCUGUGGAAGACUCCUCUGUCGAAAAGAGUUACCAAGCAUUGACCAAAGUGAACGACUUGAUCGAAACGGAUGCCAAGGUCAACCAAUUCUUGAACAACCCUGCCUUGUCGAGUGACGACAGAAAGGUUGUGAUCGAUACAAUUGCUUCGUCGUUGAAGUUGGACAAAACUGUCACCAACUUCUUGACCGUGUUGUCAGACAACAACAGAUUGAGUGAGUUCAAGUCCAUCUACACCAAGUUCGGUCAAUUGAACGACGCAGAACAGGGUAUCGUGGAAGCCACCAUCACCUCAGCCAAGCCUUUGGACUCCAAGAUCUUGAAAAGAUUGCAGACUGCCAUCACCAAAUCAUCCUUUGUGGGAGACGGCAAGACUUUGAAGGUUGCCAAUGAAGUCAACCCUGAAAUUUUGGGAGGUUUAGUAGUUGAAGUGGGAGACAAAACUGUUGACUUGUCCAUCUCCCUGAAGGUUGCCAAGUUGAACGCUACUUUGAGUGAAGCCUUGUAA